GGUGUUAUGGACGCACUGGGCAACCCUCUUCCAGCCGUUACCCAUGGCAACCAGGUAAACGCACUCCAUGGCGGAACAUAACACAGGUCGCCGAUCCAAUCAAGUUUCGUUCCACCUGUGUUACCAUGGCUACUGAUGAUUCCCAGACAGUUCUCACCUGUAUAAGUUGUGACGAUGUAAUCACAGUCCCCGUGACACUCCACUGCGGCCACAGCUUUUGUGGGUCGUGUGUCACCAACCACACCCACCACACCCAGCAACAGCAGGACGCCACACCUGGAGACGUUCUCUGUUGCCCCCUGUGUGAGGGGGAGACAAGAGUGCCUCACCCCCAGCGACCCCUUGAGGAAUGGGUGGGGCAGGUGAGAGGGGUCACCUCUGUCAAGAAUCUCGUUGGUACCGUUGCAGAAGAUGGAGUGGCUGAACACACAGACUGCAGCAUCUGUGCGGAUGAGGAAAAAACAAAGAAUGCCGCUGUCUGGUGUCCGGAAUGCGGAGAGUCGAUGUGCUCGGACUGUGAAAGGGUACAUAGAAAACUUCAUACAUCCCACACAGCAUCUGAUGUCACGGGGGACGUGAUAAAAACAGUACCAAGACGUGCAAGAUGUGACAAGCAUGAAGAUGAGGUCAUUGACCUCCUGUGUGAGGACUGCGAUGAAGCCGUGUGUUCCCGAUGUUGCAUCCUGGACCAUAGAGGAUGUAAUAAGGUGGUACCACUAGCAGAAUCAGCUUUAAGAAUAGAUGCCCUUUUGCAGAAGCUGAAAUAUGACCUGAAAACCAAGAUCCCUAAACUGGAAGAACGCAUCGCUGUUUGGAAUGAAAAGGUUGAACAAUAUGCUAGCACUUAUGAAGCGGCAGAAAAAGGGAUCGACGACACAUGCGACGAACUUGUCGCCGAAAUACGACAUCAGCAGAGCCAGUUGAAAGGGCGACUGAAGCAGAGGAAGGAUGAGGCUGAUCUGGUCCUGAUGAAGGAUGUCAGACAUAACGAGAUGCAGCUGAAGGAUGCCCAUCAAAGGAUAAUGUUUGCCAACAAAGCCUUGUCAUCUGCAACCACAAUGGACCAUUAUGAAGUUUACAAGAUAUUCUCAGCUGCUGACGACAAUGACAAGUCGAGAGAAGCUGAUAAACUGGACACCAAAGGUAUUGUGGAUGUUAAGUUUAUGGACAACAAAAGCUCAUUGAUGACGUCUUUGCGAAGGGUGACAGUUGGCCACAUAACCGGGGCGACAGACAAUAAGAACAAGUGCAGUGACGUGAAACGGUUUGAUAUCGGGAGGACAGGAUUGCAUGACCUAACAGUGGUCUCGUUUGAGGGCACUAAAACUAUCGUUGUAACACAACCUGAAGAUAGAAUGGUGCAUUUGUUUCAUAUAUCAACGGGAAAAUCCAGCAGCAGUUAUCUAAAAUUGGACAGUCACCCAUACGGUAUUACAAACUUAGACUCGCCAAAGGCUGUCACCGCAGUUCCAAAGAAGAAACAAUUAGUGGUUCUUUCUGUAAGUCCCAAACUGCAAAAAGACUCGAUAAUCAAAACCCAGCUACGCUAUAUCGGGUUGGCCUGCUUGGACUCUACAACACUGGCAGCAAGUGGGGAGGAGGUAGGCGUCAUUGACGUCAUCGAUCUCUCAGGGACGAGACUCCGAUGUUUUGGUGUUGACAUGUUUGUUAAACCUCUGUUCUUGCAUGCAACACUGGACAACAAGCUCCUCGUGUCGGACUGGAAAUGUAACAAGGUUGUGUGUGUGAAUAUUGACGGAUCACUGGAGUUUGAGUACCAGCCCGGGGAGAGCUUUAUGAUGAGUCGUCCGCUCGGGGUGUGUCAGGGCGGGGCAGGAGGCAUCUACAUAGCAGACAGGAACAACCAUAAGGUGAUUCAGCUGAGCCCAACAGGGGGGUUUGUGAGAGAUAUACUCACCUUUGCUGAUGAGGUGUCCGAUCCACGAGCUGUGUAUGUGGAUGAGGAUAAUGUGAUGUACGUGUCUGUGGAUGAUAGGUACAUCCACACACACGACAUCAGUGAUGGAACUUAGGAAAUGCAUGUAUUGGUAUCAUUUCCGUGUCACAAUAUAAUUUGUUGGGCGAGAAAAUGAACAUAGCAACCAUCAUUGUGAGUUUAUGUGCUAGGAUACAUAUAUCUGCAUUGGCUGGAGAUGCGUACAAAGGUGAUAAAUAAUAAUGCUACCUAACCAGAUAGUCAUCAUCUUCCCGAGGCAGGGGAGUUAACUUACUAAAAGUUCAGUUUCCACACUUGCCGCACAAGGCUGGAAUAAUGAGUUUUAGUUUGGCUGUACUAACGAGUCUAUGUAUAGUCCAAUCCAAAUCGCGUAAGGAAAUCGACAUCCGGUUCCUAAAAUGUCAUGCAGAUUUCGGUCGUUUGCAGGAUUUCCAAAGCAUGUGUACCGACAACUUAGCGUUCAUGGGAUAUUUUCCAUAUCUUUUCAUGUUUCUAAUAAAGGCGCUAAUGUGAUUUGAUGCACUUAGCGAAGUAUGACCGUGUUAUUACAAUAUAGAUCUUGAUCAUCGAUCAGAUCGUCUUCACUGGGCGACGCCGUUUUAUUUGAACCAAAUGAAAGUUAUAUGAGAGAUGGAAUCUGAAGGGACCCGUGAAGACCCGGUAAGAGAAUAGAGCUUCAGCAACCCAUGCUUGCCGUAAA